AUGGGCCCUCGCGGCCCCGUCGUCGCUGCUCUAGGCCCCGUCGCCGCCCCUCUUGGCCCCUCGCGGCCCCUUCGCGGCCCCAUCGCCGCCCCUUGCGACCUCGUCGCCGCCCCCUCUAGGCCCCUUCACGGCGUCAUCGCCACCCCUCUAGGCCCCUUGCAGCCCCUCUGCGGUCCCAUCGCCGCCCCUAGCGGCCCCGUCGCCGCCCCUGGAGGCCCCGUCGCCACCCUUCGCGGCCACCUCGCCGCCCUUAGCGGCCCCGUCGCCGCCACUAGCGGCCCCAUCGCCGCCCCUACCGGCCUCGUCGCCGCCUCUACCGGCCCCUUCACUGCUGAGCCGCCCAGCAACUGA